UGCAAACAAAAUUUUCAGUGCUCAGGAGUAAUUUUCUCAAUGAUCCCCAUCACCAUCACUACUGCACAACUGCAUUUUUCCAGUAGCUUUUCCCAGCAGCAAGAUGUCUAAGUGUUACGAUCACCUUCAUUUUGGCGCUGCUAGUCAGAUGACUCAACACAAACUCACCGCCUCAUCAAACUGAUAGUGCUUGAAAUUAGCAUGACAGGCACAGCAGUCCCAGCAUCAGUUGCAAGGAGGUGCAUGGUCUAUGAGUAGCAGCAAUAAUCAAAAACUACAGUCACAACCAUAAAGAUUUGGACAGGGUAGACUGAAGCCAGCCUGAUCUGCCUGAGGACAACACCAGCAACUGUGCCUCACUCAUCCUGUCCAGCAGGAGCAAGGAUGGGCAGAAGCAGCAGGACAGCAAUGGGAAACAGGAGCAGGGAUGGACCACUAUCAGGAGCAGCUGAGCUUGCCACCAGCAACUCCUGAGGCCCGAGUUCAAGCUGGGCAGCACAGGGAACCACAGCAGUGUGUACCAGGCCAUAACCACCCUCAAGAGGGAGUAGCCUGACCUGCAGAUGGAGGUGAGGCCUAACCAAGUAUGUCCUUACACCUAGGGACAAAGACUCCAUGGCACUCCUACACCACAUCACUGAGGGAGGGAACAGGGUGCUCUUUCUCGACCCCAGUGUAAGAAGACAGAAGGUAGUGCUGGAGCACUACCCUCUGGACCUGCCCCUCGAUGCAGUAGAAGCUUACCCUCAUGUAGCCUUCAUCCAACACCUGUGCUCCAGGAAGGACAAGCUGCCCACAAGGCAAGUGCUGCUGGUGUUUAUAGGGUUGCCACCCACCAAGCUGGACCUUGGUUGCUGGGGCAAAUAUUCCAUGUGCUCCUACCAAGGAGAGCCUGUGAGGUGCAACAGGUGCCAGUGCUUCAGUCACCUCCAGGCAUGGUGCAAACAUGCUGUCAGGUGUGGCGUGUGUAGCCUGGCCCACCUGAUGGAGGAAUGCAUUGCCUGCCACAAGGCCAAUGAGGCAACCACCACCAGGUGCUCCAACUGUGGGAAAAGCCUUGAGGUGCUGCAAAACACCACCAUGAGGAUCAUACUGGGACACUGAAGUGGACCAGCACCUGUGUCAUGCAGUGAUACCAGCCUUGUGCCUUUGACCACCAGAGUGCAGCAGAUCACAGCCUGCCACACAUUCAGUGUGCUGAAGCAUAACACAGGAGACUGAGGCUGGUAAUAACCCAGAGCACCGACUUCCUUCACCGCAACCCAUAACUACUGCAGUCCAUGCUGGCCACUUGCAUGCUCACCACCAUAGGCAACUGGCCCUAGCCACAGGCAGAUUGCCCUACCCUCGAGUUCCAUGCCCCACCUCCAUGGGAGCCCAGUGUAUCAGAAUUCUCUGCCACUCAGCUGCCCGCCAGCAAGUCACUCUGCACCAACAAAGAUCUGCAGCAGCACACCCUCAUGGCCAUGGCACAGGUCACCGAGCUGGACAGCUUGAAUGACCCAGAGAGGCAGGACAGGUCCCUCCUAUUGUUCUCCGAAACUGUGCCUCCGUGCUUGCACCUUGCCUAGUCAAACUCUUUCAGCUCUGUCUGUCAACAUCUACCUUUCCUUCUUGCUAGAAGUUUGCCUACAUUCAACCUGUUCCUAAAAAGGGUGAUCGUUCCAAUCCCUCAAACUACCGUACUAUUGCUUUAAUUUCCUGCCUAUCUAAAGUUUUUGAAUCUAUCCUCAACAGGAAGAUUCUUAAACAUCUAUCACUUCACAACCUUCUAUCUGAUCGCCAGUAUGGGUUCCGUCAAGGCCGCUCUACUGGUGAUCUUCUGGCUUUCCUUACUGAGUCUUGGUCAUCCUCUUUUAGAGAUUUUGGUGAAACUUUUACUGUUGCCUUGAACAUAUCAAAAGCUUUUGAUAGAGUCUGGCACAAAGCUUUGAUUUCCAAACUACCCUCCUACGGUUUCUAUCCUUCUCUCUGUAACUUCAUCUCAAGUUUCCUUUCUGACCGUUCUAUUGCUGCUGUGGUAGACGGUCACUGUUCUUCUCCUAAAUCUAUUAACAGUGGUGUUCCUCAGGGUUCUGUCCUGUCACCUACUCUCUUCUUAUUGUUCAUUAAUGAUCUUCUAAACCAAACUUCUUGUCCUAUCCACUCCUACGCUUAUGAUACCACCCUGCACUUUUCCACAUCUUUUCAUAGACGUCCAACCCUUCAGGAGGUAAACAUAUCACGCAGGGAAGCCACAGAACGCUUGACUUCUGAUCUUUCUAAAAUUUCUGAUUGGGGCAGAGCAAACUUGGUAUUGUUCAGUGCCUCAAAAAUUCAAUUCCUCCAUCUAUCAACUCGACACAACC